AUGGACAUCCAACUCAGCUCAACCUUCCACCACUCCACCAGCACCCACAGCUACUCCAUCCGCUGGACAUCCCUCGGAAACGCCACCUCCCCACCCCUAAUCUUCGUCCACGGCACCCCCUGGUCCUCUCUCGUGUGGCACACCUACGCCAAACCCCUCUCCAAAAACUUCCACGUCUACCUCUUCGACAACCCCGGUUUCGGCCAGAGCCCGCUGGGAACACCCCUCCCAGAAAAGAAAGAAACAAUCACCAAACAAGCCGCACUGGACGCAGACCUCGCGCAGCAGUCCGAGGUAUUCGCCGCGCUAUACAAUUUCUGGAGUCAGACCUGGGGUCCUGGCCAGGUGAAAGCGCAUGUAAUCGCACACGACCACGGCGGGCUGAUGGCCCUGCGCACGCACCUGGUGCAUGGGUGUGCGUUUGCGAGUCUCUGUCUGAUUAACGUUGUUGCGUUGGGUCCGUUUGGACAGCCGCUGUUCAAGCUGAUUGCGGAGAAUGAGGGCGUGUUUAAUUCACUGACCGGUCCGGUGUUUGAGGGCGUUGUGGAGUCUUAUAUUAGGGAUGCGGCGUUCACGGAGUUAAGCAGGGAGACUAUGGAGGUGCUGAAGAGGCCGUGGGUUGAGAGUGAGGAGGGGAGGAGGGGGUUUGUGCGCCAGAUGGUGCAGGCGAAUAGUCGCAGCACGGAGGAGGUUGAGGGGAGGUAUCAUGAGGUUGGGAAUAAGAUGCCGGUGCUUGUUGUGUGGGGUGAGGAGGAUAGAUGGAUUCCUGUAGAGACGGCGGCGAGGUUGAAGGACAGACUGAAUGCGAGGGAUGUUGUGCUGGUUGAGGGAGCUGGCCAUUUGGUGAUGUAUGAUCAGCCGGGGAAGUUGGGGGUUGAACUGGGCUGGUGGUUGAGUUCUGUUAGCAUCCAUUGA